AUGCCUAAGCGAAAGCGUUCAGGAAAAUUUGUCGCGAACUUGAAGAAUCCCUUGGCAAAGAUAACGGGAUCGCCUGAGUUUGCCUGCGGGGGUAAUAUUCCUGUCAAAGCUGAAGCCAACCUAGAAGGUCAGACCAGAAAGGUGUCCAAUCCGGUCACUAUUUGCUUCUGGAAGACAGAUGAUAGCCCGAAGAAACUUGUUCUUCCCCUCGAAGACCCAAGUAGCACCAGCCUUUCCCAGAUAGUUGCGGAUUGUGAGCCCGCUGGGUUUGGCAGAGGGAAAGAAAAUGUCCUUGAUCUUGAAUACCGCCGGGCUGGGAAGCUUGAUCCUAGUAAGUUUAUUACGAGCUUCAAUCUAGCAGACUUUCGUCUCCUUGAAACAAUUGAGCAGAUCCUUGCUCCUCCUUUGGCUCCAGAUCAGGAUGAGUAUCCUUACACGCCUCGACGCAUUCAAGCUGAGCUCUACAAGCUCAAUGUCUACUCGGGCCCGUCGGGUCUCUUUCAGAAACAUGUUGAUAGUCCACGUUCAGAAAACCAAAUCGGGUCCCUAGUUGUGUGUCUGCCAUCGCCAUUUAAGGGCGGAAACUUGAUCAUUCGGCACGGAGGGAAAGAAAUGGAUUUUGAUUGGGAACGCCGCAGCGCAAAUACAAUCCAGUGGGCCGCUUUCUACAGUGAUUGUGAGCACGAGAUCAAGACCUUUACUCAUGGCGACCGCAUCACUUUGACCUACAAUCUGUUCAUCAAUGAUAUCAGGAAGCCACUCACGGCAGAAUCUCCUAGUCCUUUCAUCAAUCCAGAGGCUUUUCCCUUGUACGAAGAUUUGAGAAAUAUCCUAGAGAUGCCCGGGUUCAUGACGUCCGGUGGUGUGUUGGGGAUAUUUUGCUCUCAUGCCUAUCCACACACAUCACACAGCGCCCAACGGUUGCUUCCCCAGAGGUUGAAAGGCAAAGACUUCGCAGUUUACAGUAUCCUGGGAUCGCUUGGUAUCAAGGCUGAAAUCCUCCCCGUGCUGAUUGAAGAAGAUGAGGAUUCGAGUGAGGGGAGCUCAUCAUCCUCAGACACAGAGGACUAUCUCAUAUACCAGAGCGUGGGUAAAAAAGUACACAUAGGAAGCCACUUGAAGGAGUAUUUUAAUACCAGCAAUUUUGAAGAAGAGUCACUGUCCACAAUGAGUAUCAAUUACCUAUUCUAA